CAAUAAAAGCGCCACCAAUCAUAGUAAUGAAACGGGGGCAAGCCCCUGUUGGGUGAGGUGAAAGAACUUUCAUUUUACAGUUCCGUCUUCCGUUUAAUGAUGGAAGAGCAACUUCUGCCGCUCGGAGAACUCUUUGCAGCCGAUGACUCUGAACCUGAAGACUCUGAACGCGAAGAUUCGGAAACCAAAGACUAUGAACCUGAAUUGGGUGGCCAUGAUUUUGAGUUUGUAGACAAGUUGUCUCCAGGCCAAAGAUGCUCGAUUUGUCUUACGGCAAUGUGCAACCCCGUACAGACGGUUUGUGGUCAUCGCUUUUGCAAAAGCUGUCUACUGGGAACAUUCAGGCAAGGAGUUGGCAAAGUUUGUCCACAAGAUAGGAUUUCUAUUCCUGAGAAUGGAGGGUAUUUUCCUGACGUGGCGUGGGAGAGGGACAUACUUUCUCUACGAGUCAAAUGCAAGAAGAGUGCGAGAGGAUGUGAUUGGGACGGAAUGCUCCGUCACUACGAGGAUCACUCUAAGCUGUGUGAAUAUGAAGACGUUUUUUGUGAUGAUUGUGACGUCGAGUUGCAAAGAUGGUCUCUAAACACCCACCGAACUUCAGACUGUCUCAACAGGAUUGUGCGAUGUGAAAACUGCGAAAUGGAGUUUGCCUUUAGGCUCAAAAGGAGUCACGAAGACGAAUGCCUACGUUGGCCUCUCGAUUGUCCUCAAGAAUGUGGAGUACACAGGAUACCUCGAGAGGAGGUGGAGUCCCACGUUAGAGAUGAAUGUACAAUGACGUUGGUCUCUUGUCCUUAUGAGGGAGCAGGAUGCAACUUUUAUGACAAGAGAAGCAAUUUAAGCGCUCAUAUUGAUGAGUCAUGUGAGGAACAUCUCAGCAAAACUUGGUCCAAGUUGCUUAGGACAACAGAAAGGGUAAAUGAGUUGCAGCAAGUAGAAGUUCACGUGAAAAUGGAUAUAGAAUCCGUGAAAAAGUCACUGAAGGAGGCCAAAGGAGAUGUUGAACAACUUAAGCUGUCAGAAAAAGAGAGAGAAAUUGAAAAUCUGAAAUUGAAAGAAGAUGUAUUACAGCUGCAAAGGAAGCUUGAAGAAUUGCGUUACCACGUCGUUUCACCAAGAAAGGAUUUCCUUCAGUUUGCUGGGAGAGGGGAAGUGUCUCAUAACGCUGAAGAAGUUUUGAUGAGAACCACGACAUCCCUCGGGAGAAAUACGAAUUUAGAAGCUGAUCAAUGUUCCCGUUCCAUAAAAUCAACAUCAAUGCGAAAAGUUUCAAGUCGACGUUAGUGUUAAACCUCACAGUUACAUUUAGUUUUAUUUGCGUUAACGGGAACAUUAGUUUCACCGUACGUAACAUCAAGACACUUUCCUUUUGUGAAGUAGCAUUUUCUAGUUCUCACGUUGUCACUCCACCAUGUAUGAUUUGGAGAUGGAACUCAACAGAAAGGUCCAGCAACGGAGAUUGUCGCGGUUAGCGUUAGAUAAGUUUGAUUUUAAAUCAUUUUAAUGCCCUUGUUUUAUUAUCAUGUUUUGUACCGAUCAAUUCGAAGCUUCAAUACAACCCCCGGGUAGCCUACGGGCAUUCGCCUGUCGUCCAUGCACCGGGGGUGGGGAAUUAAACCUUGCCUGGGUGGGGUGGGGAAUUAAACCUUGCCUGGGUGGGGAAUUUGAGUCAACGAAAUAAACGUGUUUUGAUUUUUAAUUUGGAGAAGUUCAAAGGAAACAGUCCGCUAUCGUAAGGAAAUGGCCUAGGAGAAAAUUGAAACAGGGUAGAAUGAUGCUUAGGAACGAAAAAAACAAACAACGGCACCAAAAACUAAAAUGAGGGCCUCAAUAGCCGUUAAGCGUAAAAAUUGACAACUUUUAACCAUUAGUCGUAACCAAGAGUUAACUCAGUGUAAAAAUUUGUCUUUUAAUUACCGUGACAAGGGAAGGAAGGAAAUUAACCGUUAGCCGUAAAAUGGCCAAAUUUUAACCGUUAGCCGUAAAAGCCAUCACCCGCACCCCGUUGUGUGACAUUUGUCGAUCACACAAAGAAUUGUUGAAUAAGAAAUUGUUCUUAGUUGGGGCAUCUGCACGCAAAUUUUAGUAGGAGGGCGGAAAUUUUAACGAACCAAUCUAAAAAGUUCGAAAGCCUGUGGGAUUGCUCGGGGGGACGUUGAAGCUUCGAAUAGAUCGACACAUUUUUUGACAAUAUUGUGUUCACAAGGCAACAAUAGUAGAUACUUGUUAAAGACUGCAAAUGUCCUAUUAUAAUUAUGCUAAGAAUUUUACUAAUUUACUGGCUAAUUCAUUGUCGUUGUUGUUUUUAUGUUUGACUUUUAAUUUAUAUUUAGUUACCUUGAGUUGCAUACUUGAAUUGAAAUACCGAAGAACCACCAACUUGAUUAACUAUUUUA